AUGCAGAGGCAGCGCAGCGGCAGCGGUGCCAUCAAGAGAGCUCCAAGCCACGACAAUGUCCAGAAGCUGAGCGCCGCCGAGAUGCAGCAGCUGACCAAUGAGCCCAAGUCGCUUCCCAUUGCGCCAGCGCCAGACUUUGUCCAGGAGCGCGAGGCUAUUAGACAGUCUCUGAUGAGGCCGCCAGAGCCACACUACGCCGACGGAUUCCAGCGGCCGAAUGGCUUGGGGGCAGAGACCCGGACUGUCAGCGGAUGGCUGCCCAGAGAAGCCCGGACUCCCAUGCGUCGCUCUGCGUCUGCAAAUAGGACCGUAUCGACGCCGCCGACGACCCGAGAUGUCCAGGGCCUUGGCAUUCAGGCUCCCGCGUCACCGCCGCGGCGACUGUCGUUUGUUCCCGGGACACGGCCUCAGGGGCUGAACCUCAACCUGGAUGGAGCCGCUAAUGCAGGCACAAACGGAAGCGUGAUAUCACCGCCCAUCAAGACUGGACCACCAACUUUUGCAUCACAGCAGCCUGCGCCUGUCCAACCUACUGGCCCUGGUAUCCGGCCGCCAUCUCCUAUCCCGCCCAUAAUUCCGCUUCCUCCCAUGUCUAUCCCUACGCACCUUCAGCUCGAACUGGCCCAGCAGCGUCCAAGCCCUCUAUAUAUCCACCAGUCCUAUACCAACGACAUCCCGUACGAGUCUCACGCCGUCAAGUUUGAGCGUCUGAAGAACGUCCUCUUAAUACCCCCAUUCCUGGAGCGAACGCUGUACUUUGGUGCGCUGGCUUGCCUGGAUGCCUGGCUGCACACCUUCACCAUUCUCCCCAUCAGGUUCACCAUGGCCCUUGCCGUCUUGGUGCAGUGGUGGAUGUAUGUCAUCUUUAAGGAAGUCAAGUGGCUGAUUGGGUUUGUCUGGUACGGCCUCGGUCGCUUAUGGCGCCGAGCCCGAGCGGUCCGUGGCCGAAGAAUUAGCGAUGCCUCCGACAGUGCCCGAUCGCGCAGCUGUAGUAGAGCCAGCGAGGUCUCUGUGGACGGCACAUCACCUGGCAUUCGGCAACGUUCCAAUGUAAGGGUCCGUACCGAUUCGCGAGCCCGCGGCGCAAGCGAUGCUGCCGGGCCCAAGACUCCGUCGCUCCCGGCUCGCAGCAAUCCGGGACCGAAGUCGGGCAUGUUUCGGCACCGACGGACAAAGUCCAUGCCGUCCAAUCUCUCGUCCUUCCACAAGGCCGACUUGCUCCAGGGCGCCGUCAUCAUAUGUAGCUCUCUUGUGCUGAUGAAGCUGGACGCCAGCCGGAUGUACCAUCUUAUCCGCGCGCAGUCAGCCAUCAAGCUGUACGUGGUGUACAACAUCCUCGAGGUUGGAGAUAAACUACUAUCAGCCCUGGGACAAGACAUCCUCGAGUGUCUGUUUAGCUCAGAGACCCUAUCCCGUAAUGCGUCCGGCCGGUCCAAGAUUCUCCUACCGCUGGGCAUGUUUGUGCUUGCUUUGAUUUACUGCGUACUCCAUUCCGUGGCCCUGUAUUACCAGGUUAUUACGCUCAACGUGGCCGUCAACUCCUAUUCCAAUGCCCUCCUUACUUUGCUCCUAUCCAACCAAUUUGUCGAGAUCAAAAGCACAGUCUUCAAGCGCUUUGAGAAAGAUAGUCUGUUCCAGCUAACCUGCGCUGACAUUGUAGAGCGCUUCCAUCUCUGGGUCAUGCUGCUCAUCAUCGGCAUGCGCAAUAUUGUCGAGGUGGGCGGCCUCUCUGUACCAGGAGCUAGUAUGAGUGAUGACGCUCCCACCAAAGCGGCGCCUCUACACUCGGCAAGUAUUCUUCCUCACAGUUUUACCGUGCUCCCGUCUUGGGUCAUGUCGGGAGAGGUUCUUUCGCCAUUCCUCAUCGUUGUAGGCAGCGAGAUGCUGGUAGAUACCAUCAAGCAUGCUUAUGUGACCAAGUUUAACAACAUCAAACCCAAAUUUUACAACAGGAUUCUCGACAUCUUGUGCAAAGACUACUACACCAAUGCCUUCACCGCUCCCGCUCUUACAAGAAGACUUGGCCUCGCUGUCAUCCCUCUAUCCUGUCUCUUUAUCCGCGCCUCCAUCCAAACAUACCACAUGCUCCUCUCAGCCCACGUCCCUAUGCCUCUCCCCAUAUCAACCCAGACAUCUCUAACAGAAGCAUCCGCAACGCCCUCCUCUCCCGCCAUGAUAGCAGCUCUCAACCGCUUCGAUACUCUUAUCCGCGACUCUCUGGGCCGCGCCACUUACGGAUACCCUUACGACCAUCCAUUAAACUCUCGCCCCUGGUACAGAUGGACCUCAGACGAUGUCAUUGCAGCCAUCACCAUGGUAGUUGUCUUCUUCAUCGUCUUCCUCGUGCUCCUCAUCCUUAAACUCCUCCUUGGAAUGGUCCUCCUCAAGUACGCCCGCAACCGCUACGCCAAGAUGAAGCAGAAGGAAGCCCUCGUUGCCGCUGGACAGGCAGAAUGGGAUAACUACAAGGCUAGCGGAAUACGAGUGGGAGGCUUUGGAGAGGUGGAAGUUACGGAAGACAAGCGCCGCUGGAUCAAUGCUGAUCCUACUGAAGGUUUGAGGAAGAAGAAGAAGGGGGGAGACGAUAGAAAGGCGACAAACGUGGAGGGAGAUUACCAGGGUGUGUUUCGAUAUGAUAUGGUGGAAAAGAGGAUUUGGUGA